UUAUAUAUAUAUAUAUUGAGAGAAAGAGAGAAUAGGGUAACAUGGAUAGAGGAGAGAUUCAAGUUCAAGUGAUACAAUCAAGAUUCAGGAGAAUAUGUGUCUUUUGCGGUAGUAGCCAGGGAAACAAAACCAGCUAUCAAGAUGCUGCCGUUGAGCUAGGAAAAGAAUUGGUCUCAAGAAACAUUGAUUUGGUUUAUGGAGGUGGAAGCAUAGGCUUAAUGGGUUUAAUCUCCAAAGCUGUUCAUAAUGGUGGUCGUCAUGUCAUUGGAGUCAUUCCAAAAACACUCAUGCCCAGAGAGUUAACUGGUGUAACAGUAGGGGAAGUGAAGGCAGUUGCAGAUAUGCAUCAAAGGAAAGCAGAGAUGGCUAAACGUUCUGAUGCUUUCAUUGCAUUACCCGGUGGGUAUGGAACACUUGAAGAGCUACUAGAAGUGAUAACUUGGGCUCAACUUGGCAUACAUGACAAACCUGUUGGACUUCUGAAUGUGGAUGGUUACUAUAACUCUCUUUUGUCUUUCAUAGACAAAGCAGUGGAGGAAGGAUUUAUCAGUCCAAAUGCAAGGCAUAUUAUUGUAUCUGCACCUACAGCUAAGGAGUUGGUUAAGAAACUUGAGGAAUACGUUCCUCGCCAUGAAAGAGUUGCGUCGAAGUUGAACUGGGAGAUGGAGCAGCAGCUUGGGUACAGUCAGAAAUAUGAGAUUUCUAGGUGAUGAGGAAUUGCAGUAGUAGAUGGAAAUGGCUAACUUAUGGAAGAUAUUAUUAGAAUGAAUUAUUAAGUAUAAUUUUGGUAUGAAGGGAGUCUCCUUCUUCUUUUGUAAAUCACUGGAUGAAGAAAAUGACCAGAGCAUUUCAAGCUUUUGUGUUCUUCCCCCUUCAAUCAACUUGUUAAAGCUUAAUUAAUUAUCCUUUCAUUUUGUAAAAUUAGUACUA